AUGCCGCAAACUCACCCUCGAAAUCAAAUCAUACUUGCGCCGUCAAGGGUAGAUCACAACGGUAUCAUAUCCAUCUUUCUGGCCGGUACCACUACUAGGAUAGACGAUACCCGAGACUGGCGCGAGGUGCUAACCGAAUCUCUCGCGGAUCUGCCCCUCACCGUCAUCAAUCCGUAUCGAUCGGAUUGGGACUCAAGCUGGCGAGAGGAUAUUACAUGUGAACCUUUUCGAGAACAGGUAGAAUGGGAACUUGACAUGCAGGAAAAGGCCCAUAUAGUCGUCAUAUUCUUUCACCCGGCAACUGAAGCACCCAUCAGCCUGAUGGAGCUUGGGCUUUGCGCGAGAGCUAAGAAAGCUAUCGUCGUGUGUCCUGAGGGGUAUAAGAAGAGGGGAAACGUCCAGAUCAUAUGUCAAAGAUAUGGACUUGAACUCGCAGAAAAUUUUGAUACGUUAAAGGAAGCUAUCGCGAAGAGAUUGCCAACAGGUUCUCUGUGA